AGAAACUUGCUGGAGGUCUCUAGGUGGUAUCGCUCUCUCCUCCUUGUCAACCCACGGGCGAGCGUAGCCGGGGGAGGAUGAAGUCGUCCUGUGUCCUGCUCACCGCCCUGGUGGCGCUGGCCGCCUAUUACGUCUACAUCCCGCUGCCCAGCUCAUUGUCGGAUCCCUGGAAGCUGAUGCUGCUGGAUGCGACUUUCCGGGGCGCACAGCAAGUGAGUCACCUUAUACACUCCCUGGGACUGAGCCAUCACUUGAUUGCACUGAAUUUUAUCAUCGUUUCUUUCGGAAAGAAAAGUGCAUGGUCUUCUGCCCAAGUGAAUGUGACUGACACUGACUUUGACGGGGUGGAAGUCAGAGUGUUUGAAGCCUCUCCAAAGCCACAGGAGCUGAUGAGACGCAGUGUUGUUUAUAUCCACGGAGGAGGCUGGGCCUUGGCCAGUGCAAAAAUCAAGUAUUAUGAUGAGCUGUGCACAGUGAUGGCUGAGGAACUGAAUGCUGUCAUUGUCUCCAUUGAAUACAGGCUAGUCCCAAACGUUUAUUUUCCUGAGCAAAUUCAUGAUGUUGUCCGUGCCACAAAGUACUUCCUGCAGCCAGAAGUUUUACAGAAGUACAAGGUUGACCCAGACAGAAUUGGCAUUUCUGGGGACAGUGCUGGUGGAAAUUUGGCCGCUGCCCUUGGACAACAGUUUGCUCAAGAUGCCAACCUAAGAAAUAAGCUCAAACUGCAAGCUUUAAUCUACCCGGUCCUCCAAGCUUUAGAUUUUAACACACCCUCUUAUCAGCAAAACGUGAACACGCCUAUCCUGCCCCGCUACGUCAUGGUGAAGUAUUGGCUGGACUACUUAAAAGGCAACCACGACUUUGUGCAAGCCAUGAUAGUGAACAAUCACACUUCGCUUGAUGCGGAAGAGGCUGUUGCCCCCCGGGCCCGUCUUGACUGGACGUCCCUCUUGCCUGCAUCCAUCACAAAGAACUACCAGCCUGUCAUGCAGACCAAGGGCAAUGCCAGGAUCGUCCAGGAGAUCCCCCAGUUGCUGGAUGCCCGCUCUUCCCCACUCAUCGCAGACCAGGAAGUGCUUCUGCACCUGCCGAAGACCUACAUUCUGACCUGUGAGCACGAUGUCCUGAGAGACGACGGGGUCAUGUACGCCAAGCGUUUGGAGAGCGCAGGCGUGGAGGUGACCCUCGACCACUUUGAGGACGGCUUCCACGGGUGCAUCAUUUUCACGAGCUGGCCCACCAACUUCUCAGUGGGAAUCAGGACUAGGGAUAGUUACAUCAAGUGGCUGGACCAAAACCUGUAAAGGAGUCAAACUUCUGGAAGACCCAAGCCCCUCCUGACCUCCUGUACCUGCUUUGGAAAGACAUGGACUUUUUAGUCACCUAACCCCGCCCCCUCCUUGAUACCUGUGAGUUUUAGAAUCUUGAGUCCCUGCAGACUCUAUGAUAAUCUAAUUUUUAAAAAUGAGUCUGACUAACUUAAGUACAAAGACAUCUGAGUUUGGUGCCCCAAAGUGGACCUUUCUCUCUGUUCUCUAUUUUAGUCAACUACUGUUAAUAUCCACAGCUGCAGAGAGUGGGACCAGGAGCCGCAAAUUGCCUUGGAUCCUGCCCUCCUCAAGAUGUCCUUUUCAGAAAUUUAUCAUCUGUGGAUUAUAAAAUGACUUUUGAUGAGUUAAGAAAAUGUAAGCUCCUCUUCAACUCGCUAGAGUUUACUUUGGCUUCAGAGCAGUGUUACACGUGUGCACUUUUGGGUCAUUACUGGGGGUCAAGUGCCCUCUGUUCUCUGUAGAUGGUUUUGUUUCCUAUGGGAAUUUUGACAAAGGCUUUCUAGCAAGACAAGUUUCUCAAAGGA